CACCUACGGUGAAACCAACGAGAGGACACCGCCUGCAUGUAGAGCAGCCCGAGCAGGAGUGGGACCCAGAGGCGCGCGAAUGUGAGAGGAAAGCCGUCCGCGGCUGCGCUUGCCCGCCCCUGAGCUCUUCGAAACUCGGGAAAAUGCUUUCUGAAAGCAGUUCAUUUUUGAAGGGCGUGAUGCUUGGAAGUAUUUUCUGUGCCUUGAUCACUAUGCUAGGACAUGUUAGGAUUGGUCACGGAAAUAGGAUGCACCACCAUGAGCAUCAUCACUUACAAGCUCCUAAUAAAGAAGAUAUCUCAAAACUUUCAGAAGAUGAACGCAUGGAACUCAGUAAGAACUUUCGGGUAUACUGUAUCAUCCUUGUAAAACCUAAAGAUGUUAGUCUUUGGGCAGCAGUGAAAGACACUUGGACCAAACACUGCGACAAAGCAGAGUUCUUCAGUUCCGAAAGCGUUAAAGUGUUUGAGUCAGUUAACAUGGAAACAAAUGACAUGUGGUUAAUGAUGAGAAAAGCUUAUAAGUAUGCCUUUGACAAAUAUGGAGAGCAAUAUAAUUGGUUCUUCCUGGCACUCCCCACUACAUUUGCUAUCAUUGAAAACUUAAAGUUUUUUUUGUUAACAAAGGAUCCAUCCCAACCUUUCUAUCUAGGCCACACUGUGAAAUCUGGAGACCUUGAAUAUGUGAGUGUGGAAGGAGGAAUUGUCUUAAGUAUAGAGUCAAUGAAAAGACUUUCCAACCUUCUUAGUUCUCCUGAAAAGUGUCCUGAACAGGGUGGGGUGAUUUGGAAGUUAUCGGAAGAUAUGCAGCUGGCAGUCUGCCUGAAAUAUGCUGGUGUAAUUGCAGAAAACGCAGAAGAUACUGGAGGAAAAGAUGUGUUUAAUACCAAAACUGUUGGGCUUUUCGUUAAAGAAGCAAUGGCUAAUAGCCCUAACCAGGUAGUAGAAGGAUGCUGUUCAGAUAUGGCUGUUACUUUUAAUGGACUGUCUCCCAAUCAGAUGCAUGUGAUGAUGUACGGGGUAUACCGUCUUAGGGCAUUUGGGCAUGCUUUCAAUGAUGGGUUGGUUUUCUUACCUCCAAAUGGUUCUGACAAUGACUGACAAGUGAAACGAGAACAUAUAUAUAUAUAUAUAUAUAUAUAUAUAUAUAGU